UGGAUUGUCCACAACUGGUGCUGAACUGAAAAACUUUAGAAAACUUUACUGAAGAUUUUCUGUACAUGCAGUAACAGUCCAGAUAACAGAGUCUAUAUACAGCACGGCAAUGACUGACAGUUGGCUGGGACCGGUAUAAUGGACAGCCCGGUGUGUCUGAUUGAGAACACGAAGGAUGGAAAGCUAGUGGUUAAUGCCGAAGCUGUAGGGAUCCUAUCGGGAAUCAGAGACCCGGUGGUGGUCGUGUCCAUAGUCGGCUUGUAUCGAACUGGAAAAUCCUACCUGAUGAACAAGUUAGCUGGAGCCAAGAAAGGUUUUAACCUGGGCUACAAAGUCCAAGCUGAGACCAAAGGCAUCUGGAUGUGGUGCAUUCCCCAUCCUACUAAGCUAGACCACACUCUGGUUCUGCUGGACACUGAAGGUCUGGGUGAUGUGGAGAAGGGAGACAAGAAAAAUGACAUCUGGAUCUUCUGCCUCGCCGUCCUCCUAAGUAGUGCCCUGGUGUAUAAUAGUAAGGGCACCAUUGAUCAAGAUGCUAUAGACAAGUUGAAAUUUGUGGGAGAUAUUGCAGAACUUAUCAAGGUUAAAUCUCAUGACAAUGACGACGAGGAGGCGGAGUUCUCCCAGCAUUUUCCCAUUUUCAUCUGGGCUGUGAGAGAUUUCCAUUUGAGGCUUAAUGUUGAUGGGAAAUCAGUUACAGAAGACGAAUACUUAGAGAAUGCACUAAAGCUGAGAAACCCGGAAAAAACAACCAAGGAUGAGGAUUUUAAUAGGCCGAGGAAACGCCUUCGUAUGUACUUCAGAAGCCGCAAAUGCUUCGUGUUUGACCAACCUUCUCCAAAUAAAGAAGAUCUUCAGAACAUGGACAACAUUUGUGAGAGUGCCUUGAAUCCUCAAUUUUUGGAGCAGACAAAGAGGUUCUGUGACUAUGUCUUCCGGGAAGCUGAAACCAAGAAAGUGAUUGGCAUGGUCACAGUUACAGGAAGCCAACUUGGUAAAUUGGCAGAAAUGUACACCGAAGCUGUGAUGACCUCCAGAAUUGCCUGCAUGGAGGACGUGGCCCAUACACUGUCUGACAUGGAAAACCAAGCGGCCGUCCAGGAGGCUGCACAACAGUAUGAGAACAAGAUGAAGGAAAAUGUUGUCCUCCCCACCCAAACUCUGGACCAGUUCUUGACGCUCAGCAGAGAGUAUGAAAACGAAGCUCUUCAGAUAUUCUUAAAAAGGUCCUUUAAAGACAAAGACCAAACAUUCCUGCAACAAUAUAUGAAACUGAUAGACGAGAAGAAGAGCAAUUUUGGUCAUAUGAAUGAGGCCAAGUCCCAGGAAUUGUGUGAAGCUCUGAUUCUGAAGCUUUCUAUGGAACAUGAAGAAGCUGUAACUAAGGGAUCUUACACCAUCCAUGGUGGCCAUGAAAAAUUCAAGCAAAAUUUAAAAGCAAUAGAAGACAAAUUUAACAAUGAACCUGGGAAAGGAGUUCAGGCGGAAAUCGUGCUAAAGGAAUACCUGAAGUCUCAGGAACACAUAGGAUACACCAUUCUAAAAAGUGAUGAAGCCUUGACUGCAAAAGAGAAGGAAAUAGAAGAGGAGAAGGCAAGGAAAAAAAUUGAAGAGAUGGAACAAAAAGUGCGGGAAAUGGAAGAAAGUCAGGAGAAGCGGAAGCUCGAGGACAAUGAGAUGUCUAUGGAGAAGAACAUGAUGGGUCUGCUUGAAAAAGUUGCCAAAGAGAGAGCACAGACGGCGGCCGAACUACAACGCGUGAUUGCCGAGAAGGAGAGGGAACGUGAUUCCUUUGAGAAACAGGGAUUUACCAAACAAGCCAACAUGUACAGGGCACAGAUCGAAGACCUCCAGGAGAAGGAGAAGGGGCAACAAGAGCCUGAAUGGUAUACACCCAUCAUGGACACGUUCAAGAGCGUGGCCAAAACUGUUCUCCCUGUGGUGAUCGAAGUGGGAGGAGCCAUGCUUCAGGCUAAAGCCACCAAAAAAUGGAAAACUUACAAAGCAAAAUAAUGAGCCGUGACGUCAUAUAGCGGCUCGUUCAGGGUGUAAGUCCGGUGUUGGUCUCUGUACCGUUCUGCUGAACGAGACUAGUGAAUGGAAUCGGUAGGCAUUCUACGUUUGCCUCUACAACUGUACCACCCUGCGCAAGCUGCGCUUCUCUACACCGGCCUUUACAGAACGAGCAGGAGACCAUCGCUGGACUUACUCUUUAGCUUCACGUCUGUCUCCACACUGGUUUCUAAUCCAAGACCUAAAGAAGUCUACGCUAUCCAUAGUCUACCCAACCAUACUCCACAGCGACCCUUCCAUUGAAGUGCAAGAAAUUAUUUUGCUGAUCCCAGACGGCCAGAAAUAUAUUCAAUGUAACAGGUUCAUAGCAAAGAUGUUGGCCUGUCCUCUGCAGACUCGACUCCGGACAGCUCCUCAUAACCCCCCCCCCCCCCUCCCCCAUUUUAUCUGAAAGUUUUAUAUUCCCAUUUAAAGGGUGGGGAGAUGUAUAACUAAUACUUUUUUUUUCACUUUUACACAUUUAAAAUAAAAACUAAU